CUCAGCUCACCGCGCAGGACUCCCACGCCGAGCGAGAGCAAGAGCAAGCUAGCUGCUCCCUCUGAGCGAGCAAGGGCGGCGUCGGAGCCUCCAAUGGCGCGGCCACAGCAACGGUAUCGCGGCGUGCGGCAGCGCCACUGGGGCUCCUGGGUCUCGGAGAUCCGCCACCCCCUCCUGAAGACGAGGAUCUGGCUGGGCACCUUCGAGACGGCGGAGGACGCGGCGCGCGCCUACGACGAGGCGGCGCGCAUCAUGUGCGGCCCGCGCGUGCGCACCAACUUCCCGCAGGACGCCGCCGCCGCCGACGGGCACGCCCACAACCAUGCCGCGUCGUCGUCGUUCCUCUCCCCCGCGCUCGUCGCCAAGCUCCACCGCUUCAACCUCGCGUCCGUGCAGGCCGCGCAGGCGCGCGGCGGCAAGGCCGACGCCGCCUCCCCCGCAGCCCCGGCGCCCGCCGCCGUGCUCCCGCGCGUCGCGGCCGUGCCCGCCCGCAAUGCCGGCAUGGGGAUGGUCGCGCCCACGCCGUCAUCGGCGGCGGCGGACUGGAGCGGCGGGUUCCUCGAGGAGCAGUACGUGGACCAGAUGAUCGAGGAGCUGCUCGACUCCAACUUCUCCAUGGAGAUCUCCUACUAGCUAGCUCCGCACGACGCGGCGUCGUCGCCUACUUCCUCUGCCUCCUCUGCUCUGCUUCCAUUUCUCUGUUUCGUUUCGUCAGGUAGUGAGUUAGUGAGCUGGUAGUAUCGAUCAUUAGCCAUGCCAGGAAGAACUCGAGGUUACUUUGGUCAGACGAGUUCUUGAGCAUCCUGCAGGCUGCAGCCUGUUGUGUAUACGGUAGCAUCGUCAGAGCAUAAAAAAAAAGUUGGACUGGACUCUA